CCUCAACAGUCUCGUGUGUGCGAUCGUGCUCAAAAUGCAAUCGCAGUGAAACUUUCUGCUUUGCUAUGCGCGCAAAUAAAUCGUUUUAUCCACGAUUCUUGUAUUCUAUUGUAUAUAAAUUUGUGAUUUUUUUUAUAUCUCAAUUUAUUUCAAAGUGACGUCUAGUGAAUUUGUUAUUGUUUGACCUUGAAAUAUUUUUACAUAAAUUUUUCUUUUCUCAUGCUACACUGGUUCAUUCACUUUUCAUUAUAUCUGGCGCCAAUUCAAAAUAAUAAAAAUAAAAAAAGGAUACACACUUUCAAAUCAGUGUUUCAGUUCAGUGAGUGACCCUAUUUUUGCUAAAUGCCGGAAGAUUGUUUAUUCAGAUAAAUACACUGUUGUUCAGGAAACUGGAAUUUCAAUGAAAUGCCUAGUCCGGAGCUCGAAGCGGUUAAUAUUCUCGAGACCCUUGAAUCCGGUCUCGCUUUACUUCCUGGGGGAAGGGACCGCGAAGGCCGUCCCCUGGUUGUGGUAAAUGUCCCGCCAGGUGAUCCUCCCUCGAGUUCCAAGUCGAAAUUAGAAGCCCUUCUUGAAUAUUAUCUCACAAUCUUCAGUGAAGAAACUAAACAAAAUGGAUUGUGCCUUUUAAUUGAUGCUCGUUAUGCUGUUUGGCGAGUUGCGAGAUCUUUUAUUCGACUUUCGACUCUUAUUUUGGGCUCUAAUGCAACAUCAACUAUUGCAGUGCGUCCCGAUGGAUUUUGGGACAAACGGGUUGAUAAUUGUACCAAAUCUCAUAAAGAGGGGGAGCCAAUAUACAUUCCGGUUACAAGACUGUACACUUUCAUUCGACCUAAUCAAUUGACCUACGACUUGGGAGGAACAAAAUCUUUCGAUCACACGGAAUGGAUUCAAAAUCGUGUGCAUAUCGAGGAACUUGCCAACGAUUCUUUGAAGUUAAUUACAAAAAUGACAGAACUUGGAAAUAAUUUAAGGAGUUUGGAAAAAAUUCGCUCAAGAGAAUCCAAAGAUAAUCUUGCAUCAUUUUGGGAAAUUGGAACUGAAGUUACAUUCGCCGCUCGACGAAUUCUUCAUACAGGUCGUCUUUUGGUGAAUAGUUUACUGAGUAAAGAAACUUCGCAGGAUAUUUUAGAUGCAGUUCAAGAAGUUAAUAAAUCGUUGGACACAAUAGAACUCAAGCAGGUGGAAGUCGAAAGCGCUUGGACGGAAAUGGAACGCAAUUUAGAUACAGUUAGGGAAAUUAAAAACUUGGAGGAAAGUGUUUCGAGAGUGACCAAUUGGAUUCUGGGUCCAGCUGAUUCUAUGCUUAAUUCACGCUAUCAAAUUGGAUUCGACGUCGCUUCAUCCGAAGAAUUAAGGAGGGAACAUGAGAAAUUGGAACUCGAGUGCAGAGACACGUAUGGAAGAUACGCUGAACUACUUCAUAGAAUUGAUAAUGUACCAAACGGAUGUAUAUCCAGUGAUCUCAAGUCCCAAAGAGAUUUUAUGGAUUUUGUGUGUCGAAGUUUUGCCACUAGAUUAGAGAGGCGACGAAAUGUUCUUAUUACUUCCCAAAGAUUUUUUCGACUCGUUUCAGAGUAUUUUGACAAAACGAGUGAAGUGUUCGAUAAGCUAAUAAUGGGAAAUCGAUCUUACGAUUUCUUGCAGGCGAGAUUAAAAUUACAAAAACUCGAGAAGAGUCAAUUAAUGUUGGAAACUCUUGAGAAAGAAUUGGUGAAAGAAGGUGAAAAAUUGUCGGAUAUUCUUUCAAUGCCAGUAAAGGAUGCAUUGUGUCGUGAUAUUCACGUUGAUUAUGGUGAAGAUAUAAUUAACGUUCGCGAUAUUUUAGACGCGACAAAUGCACGAAAAAAUAUUUUCAACGACAGUGUUGAACUACAAAAAUUGGCGUUAAAUCAAAUUACCCUGAUACACACCUACGAAAAUGAUGCUCAACAGGCUGUGCAUUGGUUGAAUGAUCUCUUCGACGUUCUUCUUGGAAGUCACGUUGAAAUUGGUUGCAAUAUGAACGAAAUUCAAUCGCAAAAGGAGGAACAUCAAGCAUUCCAAGAUACGGCAAAGGGCACGUAUGAGUACGGAAAUCAAUUAAUAAAUGGAGCUCGAGUUCUUAGGCUUUCCUGUAAAUUAUCACUAGCUGAAAAUACCGAUUUAUCAGUGAGAUUACGAUUGGCUUGGAGAAAAUUACAUUCUGUGGGACAGGAGCAACUAACAAGAUUGAGAGUUUGUGCCGUUUUUCACAGAAAUGUCGACGACCACUGUAAACAAUUAGGUGAUAUAAUUGAAGUUGUGGAGAAGUUGUUGGAGAGACAAAAAUUAAAACUGGAAUCCGGAACGUCGCCGGAUGUUGAAACAUAUCCAAAAGUGGAAAUAAGAGAAAUACUGACAAAGAGGGAAGAACUUUUACCGGAAGUUGGACGAAUGGUGAGACUUGGAAGACUCCUGAGGACAAGAUUAAAAGAUUCUUUGACGUUUCAACGAAUGUCCGAUUUGGAGAGAAAAUCGCCGGAUGAAAGUGGAAAUUUAUCAGCGGUCGAGUCAAUUUCAAAUAAAUUACUCGAAGUUACGAGGCUCGCGGAAAAAUUGGACGCGAAACUCAGUGAGGCGGGUGCUAGGACCAAACAAGAUGACAAUAGUUCAAAUAGUCGUCUAGAAUCACCGCGUCAAACAACUUGUGUUGAUUUGCCGAGAGAUGAGAGGAAGGAAAGUCCCAUUGAGGUUGUGGGUGAUCAAAAAUUAUCUGACAGCGCAAUUGAAGAUUCGAAUUUAGAAGAAUACGUGACAGCAACUGAAUGCUCAACCACGCCAAUCAUUCGAUCUCGAAGUGAAUCAAUUGUAACCAGUUCAGAAUAUGAAGAUGCUUUAUCAAGGAAUGUUGAUCACGCUUCAACGCCUACGGAAUAUGUUAUACCUGUUUUAUCAACGAAGAAAAGCGAGCCAGCAAUUAUAAAGCCAAUAGCGAUAAAAUCAACAGCGACAGGAUCUCAAGAUGAAGUGAACUGUGAUCAAGCUAUUUCAAUACAAAGAUUCAUUGAGGGAAAAAGCGGAAAGAUCGUGAAGGAAGUGACUGAAACGACGACACUGCGAGUGUCUCAUGAUACUCGAUUAGGAGUUUCAUCUUAUAAAUUAGUUGCGAAUACGACUCGAGAUAAUCAGCAUCACUGUGAUGUGAAGAAAAUGCAAGAUCUCAAACUAACUUGCGAAAGUGAAAUGGAAUCGAGUAAUUCAGAAGUUGCGAAUACUGAUCGUUUUUUUAAAGACUACGACACAGAUUAUUCAAAACACACUGCUACCGGUAAUUUAUUAAAUGGUUUUGAAUCAAAAUUAUGGUCACACGAACAGGAAGAGCAUUCAAUGUGUUCAAAUGGCGGUUCACCGUCCACCACGUCAUUAAUAAAAUUCAAUAAAAUAAAAAUGCAAGAAUUGUCACCAAUGAAUAAUAACAAUAUUACGACAAAUUAUUAUCAACGUUGUAAGGAGGAUACAAAAGAUGUGGACAUUGAUGGAAUUGAAAAUGGGUUUUUGUCGAAAAUUCGUAUGGUGAGUCAAAGAGGUUCUUCGUAAAAACAAAAUUCUCAUCUGAAUAAAAAGAGCAAAUUAUUAAAAGAUAAAAAUUCCCGUUUUCUUUUAUUUAUUUUUUUUUAUUUCAAAAUAAGGGAGGGGGGUAUGGACUAACAUGCCAUAGUGUAAAAAAAAUGAAAGAAAAUUAAAAAAAAAUGGAUGUUGAAGAAUAGAGGCGAGCAUACAAUUAAGCAUGAAUUAAUAACGCCUCUGCUGGUUAAUUCAUCUAACAAUUUAUGUUGUAUUGUUAUGUAUUUAAUGCUGUAUUUUUUAUUUUUGUAAAUAAAGUGUCACAAUUAA